AUGCCCCCGUCGCACCUGCUCUUUCCAGACGCACGAAUUCGUGAUCAAACUUCGUCCAGCAGUCAUCGAGAUUUCGAUUCUACCGAAUGCGCCAUUUUCGAGAAAAGUUUCAUUUCGAAGCUCGCCGACGGCGCCAAGAAGAUCAAAGACAUUUUCACCUCAAAGUCCAAAGAGCCGCAAGGAAUACCUUUGGAAAGGUGGAACAGCACCGUCAAGCUCAUCGAGGAACUGGCAGAGAGACUCGUCACCAAGGACGGAUGGAAGACCAUCCAGUUCUCCGAGCUCACAAUAACGAGCCGUUCUGGUGGCCAAGGCUCGACAUUGUUCUUCGUGCCGUCCUCCGGGAAAGGCUGCCCCUUAGGCCCAUCGGGGCACGAAGGAGCGGUUGGGGUUCGAGAUCACCAUGACGAGCAAGUUCCAUCGGAAAGAAUUGCUGUUCGGGGUGUCUCCAAUUACACCAUCUGGUAUCAUGACCAAGCUGAUCCAGCAGGCCAACUGAUCGUAGUCGAGGCCAAGCGAGCGGAGACCUUGAGCGCCGGUCUCCCCCAAGUACUGGGCUAUAUGGGGGUAACCCAGAUCGCCAGGGGUUACGAGGGGAAAAGCCUCGGUGUUUGA